UGCUCUUUGGACCCCAGUCCGCCUCAUAUCGAGCAGCAGCAGCGGCGGCAGCGGCGGGACGCUUGCACUCCGGGAAUCGAACCAGCGCAGCAGCAGCAGCAGCAUGGACCGCCGCGGAACUGGGCCCAGGAUAUGAAGUUGCGCGUGUGAGCGGAGUAGAGACAACUGGGCCGUUUUUGUUUUAAUUUAUUAAGCAGCGUUUAAAGGGCGAAAAUGUGUCUCCUUGUUAGUUUGAGUGUGUUUGCUCUGCUUGUCACUGAGAGCGUUGCGGGGCUGCGAGGUCACGGCUUCCUGCAGGACAUUAUACAGUUCUACGGACAGAACCAGUCCAUUUCCACGGAGCACUUGAAAGAUUUGUUGUGGCUGAUAUCAGAGCGCAGGUCGCCGCGCGUGACGGACGACAACCCGCUGGCUGGCCAGGAGUGUCCCUCGGCCGAGGAGAUAUUGACCCACUUUAACUUCAGUAAUGUGAGUCAGCUGACGGUGGAACAUCUGGGGAGGAUCUGUCCCGCUGUGUUGACCCAGGUGCUGCUGCCCUCCUGCCCCCACGUCCCCACCCCCGACCCCCACGAUCCCGCCGACUACAUGGUGUGGGGCUAUGGGUUUGUGGCCGUGACCGUGAUCAACCUGGCUGCCUUCCUGGGCCUCCUGGUCAUCCCCCUGACCAAGAAGUCCUACUUCCCCAAAGUGCUGACCUUCUUCAUCGGCCUGGCCAUCGGCUCGCUCUUCUCCAACGCCGUCCUGCAGCUCAUCCCGGAGGCUAUGGGGCUCCAUCCUGAGGCUGACAACUACGCUGGCAACUCAGCCGCUGUCUUUGGAGGAUUCUACAUACUCUUCUUUGUGGAGCGGGUGUUGAAGAUGCUGCUGAGGGUGGACGACGAGCACUGCCACUUGAGCCCUCCAGAGGUCCAGGACGCGCCUCACCAGAACGGAGAUCUGCUCAUGAUCAAGGACUCCGUCCUUCUCACCUCCGUCAACGCCAUCAGUGCGGAUAAGAGCAACCCCCUGCCCGAGAGCGCCCCCCCAAACAGCCCGCCGCCUCAGGGUGGACGGUUCUCCUGCUGCAAGGGGCCUGACCUCAGCACCAUCAAGACUCUGGCCUGGAUGAUAACCCUCAGUGACGCCGUGCACAACUUCAUCGACGGACUGGCCAUAGGAACGUCCUUCACCGUGUCCGUCUUGGCCGGCUUCAGCACCUCCACUGCUAUUAUUUGCGAGGAGUUUCCUCAUGAACUAGGGGAUUUUAUGAUCCUGUUGAACUCGGGCCUCAGCAUCCCGCAGGUCGUCAUGUUCAACUUGUUGUCGGGGUUCACCUGCUACAUUGGCCUGGUCUUUGGAAUCCUGAUCGGAAGUAACUUUGCUCCCAACCCGAUCUUCGGCAUCGCUGGAGGGAUGUUCCUUUACAUCUCACUCGCAGACAUGUUUCCAGAGCUGGACAACAUAGCCAGAGGAGAAAAGAAGAUGUCUGGCAAAAUCGUCCUCUUCCUGAUCCAGAACGCCGGCAUGCUGACGGGAUUCGUCAUCAUUCUAAUGAUCACGCUGUACGGAGAACAGAUCAGCCUCGAGUAGAGACAGAACCCGCACCAAAAUCCAGUCAUCGGUCGCUGCUGCUUCCGGUGCUGAAUUGUUGGCAAGACAUUCACGUCAUUAUUAAACUGUGGACUUUACUAAUGUGAUGUAAAAUCAUCCGGUGCCAUGCGGAGCUGAAGGCUCAGCUUUUGGCUCUUUUGUUUCCAAAUAACAAAAGAAGAAAAUGAGGAAAUGACUUUCUUGACAAAUAUAUUUCUUGGUAUAAAAAAUGUGCUGCCUUUUCAUUGUGUAAAGGAAGAUGUCGUGCCAUAUGAAUCCGUGAUAUUUGUUUCACCAUUCCCUCCAUACAAUAUUAUUCUGGAGUUUGAGGUGUUUGCAACUGUUUUGUCACGGUGUUCUGACAGGCCGCUGACCUCUUCAGAGAGUCCCAAGCAGCUGGGAUUGGCUCCAGCAACCAAAGACUCCAGCCAGAAAUAAGCAGAAGAGAUGAGGAUGUUAAAAAGAAAAAAACAUUAAAAGCUCGACACAAGUCACUUCAUGGCGAGUCAGUAUGAGUUGCUUUGGUUGAAGAAAUAAAUGCCAAAGAGACACCAUUGAUUUUCAAGUGUUUGUAUGGACGACAGCAACAAAUCUGUGUACAAAAUAUGAUACAACUUCCAAAUGUGAUUUCAACCAUCCAAAUCUGCGGGGAAUAAAUUACAUGUCACAACUGAAA